AUGACAUCAACUGCAACUACUCAACCUAGUCAACAAGCAAGUCAACAGGGCAAUCUACAUGCUUCAAGUUCUAACACUGGCAAAAAAAUGAGGAAAUUAGGUUUAAGAGGCCCAAGUUUCAGAGUUGGUGUCAGUGAAGGUGUCAGUGAAGUUCCUACUGUUAAUGGUGUUCCUUUGGUGAAUGAGGUGAUAGAAGAGGAAGAUGACAUUAUGAUGCUAGAAGAAGAAGAAGUUAUGAUGCUAGAAGAAGAAGCAGUUGAUGUUCCAGUAAAGGUUGCCCAAGAUCUAAAACAAAGUCUUGAUGAAGUUGGAGAUGCAAUUGAUCAAAUUCGUGGUUCUGGAAAUGAAUCAGAUGCAUCUGAUGUUCCAUUGGUGAAUGAAGGUGGUGAAGAACCUGAAUUCACUGAAGGACAUGCAUCAGAUGUUCUCCCAGAUAAAAUCAAGAUAAGUGUUGAAGAAAUAGCAAAUUUACUUGAAGCAGGAUAUUCCAUGGCUGAAAUUGAAAGCAUGGGGUGGUUGGAAAUUGAACUUGAUGACACUCCACCAGUUGAGAUGGACUUAAAUGAGGAUGAGCCUGAUGUUGAUGAAGGUGAAGCUGACUUUGUAAAUGAUGUUCUAAAUGAUGGUGGUGUGAUUGAAGGUGAAGGUGAAGCUGACUUUGUAAAUGAUGGUGGUGUGAUUGAAGGUGAAGGUGAAGCUGACUUUGUAAAUGAUGGUGAUGUGAUUGAAGUUGAAGGUGUUGAAAAUCAAGAUGAUGGUGAUGUGAUUGAAGGUAAAGGUGUUAAUCAUGGGAAUGAGGCUGCUGGUGAUGUUCUAAAUAAUGAGGUUGCUGAUGAAGGGAAUGUGGUUGAUGAUGAAGGUCAUCUGAUAGUGCCUAAGACAAGGAAAAGAAAGCCAUCAGAGAGGAUCACUAAACUAAAGCUUAAAAAGGCAGUUUUUGAUAAAGAUGGGGGUGGUUCCACAUGUUCAAAUCCAGUGAAUCUGGAGUAG